AUGAGUAACUUGAGAAAAUCAACCGCUUCGAAUACUAAUCUUAAGAAGCUAAACAGUCAAACACCUUCGGCUACAACCUCAGGUUCUUCCACUCCAAUAUCAACCAUGGAUAGAACUGAUUCUAUCUUAAACCUUACAAAGCCAUCCCUUUAUGGUAUCUACAAUGACAACUCCUUGUUAAACUUGAAUAAGGAGUUGAAUUCAUCAUCCAUUGAAAUCACAAACUCCCAUAAUCAUCAUCAUGAUCCAAAUCACAUUCAUACUAUUCAGCAUCAACUUCAUCAACUUGAACAAGCUUCUAACUUCAAUGGUGGAAGUAUAGACUUAGCCAAUAGUCAAUCAAUUUCUAUGGAUUCCGUUAUAAGUUCCAGUAUCGAUGGGUCUAACGACGAUAUUGAUUCCUCUUCCCCAUCACAUAAAAAUCUGCAUACCUUAGCCAAUACUCCAUUAUUAUUUAAGAUUCUUUUAUUAUCAUCCUCAGCAUUUAUUUAUAAUGAAAUUACAAAACAAAUCAAUUAUAAUCAUUUUGGUGAAAAUGAACUUGCAACAUUCCCUAUGACAAUUACAAAUGUUUUCUUUUUCAGUUUAUUGGAAAAAUUCAAAUUUAGUAAUUACAUUCCUAUUAAUGAUAAAUUCAUCAUGAUAAUUGAUCAAGUUGUAGCCUUAAGUAUUCAAGGUUUAUUAAUGGGUACAAUUCAUCCUAUCAUGGAUCAGCUUUUACCAUCAAAAUUCUCAAGGCGUAUAUUAUCGUCAAAUCCAGACCCUAACCACUCCACUAAUUAUUCUAAUUUAUUUAAUGAUUUAUUAAGAGCUUCUAUCACAUUCUUAGGAAUAAGUUACGCUAUCAGAAAUAUCGAAUGGAAUUCCUUCUUACAAGUCUCUAUCAUUUUUUCAUUUUUAAACCCAGGUUUAUGGAUCUUGUUGGAUGGAACCUUUUCAGGAUUUUUAAGUUCAUUGAUUAUAAGUGGAUUAGCCUGUUUGAUGGUUUAUCUUGAAAAUUAUACCUUUAUAAAUCAAUAUAACUUCUUUAAUCAUGAAGAUUUAAUCGCACUUUGGUUAUGGAUUGGAAGUUUCUUCUUUUGUGGAUUAAUAAUCUUUGGAAAGAUCGGAAGAGGAUUAUUUGGAAGAGCCUAA